AGAUAAUUCUAAUCCAUUCAUCGAUAAGCUUACAAAUCCGACUUUUGAUUUUCUUAUAUCAUUUCUUUAUUAAUCUUCAUCAAUGAAAGGCGAAAGACAAAAAAAAAAGAAAAAUUGAAAGUUUACGUAUAUUAAAAAAAUAUUUUGUUUUCAAUAUUUCUAACGAUUCUCAAUUCAAAUAAAAGGAAGUAAUGUUGAGAUAAACUGCGCAGAUGCGUAAUAGAAACAAGAAAUUUACUAUAUUUUCUUAAAUAUUAUGUCUUAUUCGAUUUUAAUGUUUUGUUGUAAAAUCCGAAGAAUAUGGUUUUUGUCAAAAAUCUGAUAAAGUUAUGAAAACUGAGAAAAAUUGUGGAGAUUUUGAAUAUUUAUCAAACAAACGUUACAUAUUAUACGAUGUUAAUCCUCCGGAAGGUUUUAAUCUAAGAAGAGAUGUAUACGUUCGUGUUGCCGUUUUUGUAAAAAAUUUAAAUAAAAAGGAUAAAAAAUUCAAGUGGCACUUGGUUCUGCCACCAUGGGGUGAUUUAUACCAUUGGCAGAGCAAAGAUGUGGGUCCACAAGUAUCGUUACCAUGGGGUACAUUUUUUGAUAUUGCAAGUUUACAAAAAUAUGCUCCUGUAAUUGAAAUGUACAAGUUCUUUGAAGAGUAUUCUUCGAAAAAUAAAAGAACUCAAUUAGAUAUUGUGUAUAUUUUACAAAAUGAUGAAGAAAUGUUUAAAACUGGUAUAUUUGAAGAUAAAAAUGAAGAAAAAGAUUGUCCUUCCAAACUUGUACGUUAUAAAAAAUCGAAAGAAGAAUAUAGUGGUUACUUUUGGAAUUAUUCUAAUAUCACAAGCCGACAAAUGAAAUGUAUUUUAUUUCAUGGAACAAUGUCGAACCUUGAAACAAAUCUUUAUCCUUUUUUUCAUAGAUCUGUCAUGUUUGAUCAUAUGGAAAUACCUUUGCAUGAUUCAUAUGGUUCUAAAGAUUAUUGGAGAGCAAGACGUAGUAUGCGUUAUAAUUCUGAACUUUAUGAUAUUGCAUCUGACUUUAGAGCGAAAUAUCUAAAUUCUACAGAUAAAGAUGAUAAUACUGAACGUCCGUCCGAUUGGAUCCAAGAAAAAAAAAAAAGAAAUGCAAUUGGUGGUCCAUAUUUAUCAGUUCAUUUGAGAAGACGUGAUUUUGUUAUUGGGCGGUCAGAAUCGACGCCAACAAUAAAAGGAGCUGCAUCUCAGUUGGCAAAAAAAAUGAAAGAAUAUGAAUUAAAACUUUUAUUUGUUGCUACUGAUGCAGAUGAGCAAGAACUCGCCGAACUUAAAUCAUUCUUACCACAAUAUACGGUUUUAAAUUAUGUGCCAUCAGAUUAUGUUAAAAAAAAGUUUAAGGAUGGUGGUAUUGCAAUUAUCGAUCAAAUAAUUUGCUCGUAUGCUAGGUACUUUAUUGGGACACACGAGUCUACUUUCACGUUUAGGAUACAAGAAGAUAGAGAGAUUAUUGGAUUUCCUCCAGAAAGAACAUUUAAUCGAUUAUGUAAAGUAAAAGAAAAGUGCUUAUCUAGUGGACACUGGGAGAUAGUGUGGUAAUGUGAAUUUUCAAAAAAUUGUAACUUUUUAUGAACCCAUAAAUGUUAAUACAUUUUUAAAAAUAUUUUAUCAUCAA